CCUUGAGGAACAGGGAGGAAGAGGAGCGGCAAAUGGCUUAUCCAGAUGAAUAUACAAGGCUAAAAGCUAGCUUCUCUGAAAGACCAAAUGGCCCCUCGUCUGAUUUCAGUCCAAGUGUAGGCUCAUUCGGUGCUGUUGAAAGACCUAACAGAAAUCAGCAUAUGCAGGAUCAUUUUGCAGGGUAUUCUAGGAGUAGAGAUACAGAUGAAUGUCUGAACAGACAGUGUCAACCAGUGAGUAGAUUUGGUAGCAGAAGGAAUUCUGCAAACAGAGGUUUUCAAGAAAGGAACAUUGUAGAAGAUUCUAGUACACAAAAUAGAGGUUUUAAAGGAUUUCCUGGUGGCUUUGGACGAAGUGAGAGUGUUAAAGAUGAGCAAAGAGACAGACCUCAGUCUGGCAUUUUUCUUGGCUCUAGAGGAAGAGGAGUAUUUGGAGGUCAUGCAGCAACUUACAAAGAAUGCAAUGAAGAAAUAGGUUCUGAAAGAGGUCCAAAGGUGACUUAUGUGCCCCCUCCUCCACCUGAUGAUGAACAAGCCAUCUUUGCACGUUAUCAAACAGGAAUUAAUUUUGACAAGUAUGAUGAAAAUGUUGUCGAAGUGUCAGGACUUGACCCUCCAGCACCAUUACUGGCUUUUGAAGAAGCUAACCUCUGUCAGACUUUAAACAUGAACAUUGCUAAAGCUGGAUACUCUAAACUUACUCCAGUGCAAAAGUACAGCAUUCCUAUUAUACUGGCAGGACGGGAUUUAAUGGCAUGUGCCCAGACAGGAUCGGGAAAAACUGCAGCUUUUCUUCUACCAAUUGUGGCCCACAUGAUGAGAGAUGGCGUAACUGCCAGUAGUUUUAAAGAGCAGCAAGAACCGGAAUGUAUUAUUGUUGCCCCAACUAGAGAACUGAUAAAUCAGAUCUUCCUAGAAGCAAGGAAAUUUGUGUAUGGAACUUGUAUAAAGCCUGUUGUGAUCUAUGGAGGUACACAAACAGGCCAUUCAAUUCGUCAGGUAAUGCAAGGCUGUAAUAUACUAUGUGCCACUCCAGGCAGGCUUUUAGACAUCAUUGGAAGAGAGAAGAUUGGUUUGCAAAAUGUGAAAUAUUUGGUGCUAGAUGAAGCGGACCGCAUGCUUGAUAUGGGUUUUGGGUUAGAUAUGAAGAAGCUGAUUUCUUACCCAAGCAUGCCACCAAAAGACAAACGUCAAACACUAAUGUUUAGUGCCACUUUUCCUGAAGAAGUUCAGAGGUUAUGCAAUUCUUAUUUACGUGCUUAAGUGCUAUUUGUUUUCGGUAGUUUUAAAGCUUCCACAAAUGGGUUUAGG